AUGCAGUACAAACUCGAGGACAGCAAUAGCCAGAUUUGUCCCGUCACCUUGAAUCUCCAUCAGCAACUCGACCAUCACAUCAGCAGCGCAGCGUCGUUCGGGAUGCGCAUCGACGCGAUUCCCGCGUGGAUCUAUUCUGUUGAUCCUUCGAGUCAAUUUAUUGACACUCACGAGCAAAUCACAUCUUUGAAAACAGCCAAGAGGAGGUUCAGCGGCUAUGCGAUAGAGAGCCCUUCAAAACGAAAGCGCAGGGAACAACCCGAAGCAGAAGCACCCUUCAACGCUGACAAAACACCACAAUCAUCAACUACUCGCCCGCCGAACUCUAUCUUCGCUCAUCCGCCGCUGUCAUUCGAUGUAACUGGCUCUACCAUCGACUCAUUCCCUCGCACUCUUGCCGCCCGUCUGCAUUUACCAAAGUCGAUAUCAUCAACAUCCCAACGAAGUCCCUCACCAUGA